AGAUCGAAGGUUUGUCGCAUUUGACCAACGUCAUCACUUUCCUCAGCAAGGAACGGUUCUGGCUGUAACGCACGUGUGGUUGUAAUAAAGUUGCACCCAUGGCGGGCUCAUUUUCUCAAGAGCUCGAGGAUUUGUUGAAUCCUUUGCCUAAAUUCGCUGAUCCAGAGGAUGACGACGACGAGGCCACUAAAGCCAGAGUGAGUGAAAGAUUCAUCGAGGAGGACGACGACGAAGAUGGGGUCGGCCCCAGUGCUCUGCGGAAGCACAACACAUCCCUGCUCUCAGAAACCGACAGACGGUAUGUGGGGAAGGCAGUCUCCCGUAAACAGCUGCUGAUGGAUAUUGAGGGAUCUGGUGAGGAGGAGGAGGAGGAGGAUGAUGAUGAUGAUGAUGAUGAUGAGGAGGAGGAGGAGGAUGAUGAUGAUGAGGAGGGCAGCAAAGAGGAGCUAGAAGAUGAUGAAGAUGAUUCUAUGGGGGAUGAAGAGGCAGAUGAUGAUGAUGAUGAUGAAAAUGAUUUAGAAGAUGAGGAGUUGGUGGGCAGUGAUGCUAAACUGGCGCCUAAGACAAAGGGCGCUGUCAUGACCUUUCCUCAGGGAGUGGACUUCCACAAACUGACAGAGGGCAUGGACGACCUGGGAGUAAGUGAAGAUGAUGAUGACAGUGGCGAGGAGAGCGAAGGCACCGAUGAAGAUGACGGCUCCGAUGACGACGACAUGGAAAGCGACGGUGAUGUAGACGGCGAGGAUGAUGGAACUGUCCGCACGUUUUCUCAAGACAAAGUAGACGAGGAGGUUGAGAAAGGGAAGGCCGUGACGAACCAGCUGGCCCUGUGGGACCAACUGCUCGAGGCUCGAAUCAAAAUCCAGAAAGCUCUGGUGACCGCCAACCAGCUUCCACAGCCGCAGACUUUCCCAGAGUUCAAGAGGAGGGGCGGCGCCGAGCUUGCAGGGGAGCUGAAGAACACCCACAAAGCGUUGAAAGCUCUCCAGAGAUCCCUGCUGGAGCUGCACGAUCAGCUGCUGUACCAGAAUGCAGACACAAGGACCAUCGCUCUGGGGAAGACAGGAGCUCAGGGCGAAGACGAGGAGAUAAACAGUGAUGAAAAGGAGGAUGGAGAUGGGUCAGCGCAGGAGGGCGGAGCGCCUAAACGGAAACUGGAGACGGCAGAGUACCCGGACUUCAUGGCCAAACGUUUCGCCGCCUUCCAGCCUUACCGUAACGCCACGUUGCAAAAGUGGCAUGACAAAACCAGACUGACUAUGGGCAAAAGCAGCAAGGGUUUCGGGGCGUUCGACAGAAGCAUAUUGACCCAAGUGGAGCAGGUGCUGAUGGACAAUGAGAGGCUGGUGCGGCGCACGCAGACCCGACGCUCAGAAUACAGAGUCCUGGGGAAAAAAGAGGCCUCUGCUCUCGCCUCCGAGACCGUCUUUGCCGAGGGAGAGGAGGCGGAACAACAGCUGAAAGCAAACACACAUCUAAAGGACCUGGACGAGGACAUAUUCGAUGAUGACGAUUUCUACCACCAGCUACUUAGAGAGCUGAUUGAGCGCAGGACGAGUGCAGUGGACACCAAUGACCAGGUGGCUAUGGGCAGGCAGUGGCUGGCCAUCCAGAAAUUGCGCAGCAAGAUCAAGAAGAAGGUAGAUACCAAAGCCAGCAAGGGGCGUAAAGUCAGAUUCCACAUUCACAGUAAGAUGGUCAAUUUUAUGGCUCCUAUUGACCACAGCUCAAUGAGUGACGAGGCACGCAGCGAACUGUAUCGUGGCCUCUUUGGUCAGAACUCCACAGUCAGGGAGUGAUGUUAAGCAGGUACUCAUGGGGAGCAGAUGCCAAAGUGCUAGGAUAUAAACAGAGCAGUGCCUUUUUUUUCACACUCCCAGGCAGGAUGCCAAGCAGCAAUUUGGGUUAGGACAGAGACUGGGCCUGCCCCCUCUUCACAGGGGGGGGGGGCAGUGAUGGUGCUCUGACUUGACAGAAUAUGGACUCACAGGACACAUACAGUUUUUCAGUAUGUGGCGAUGCCUAAUGACCAAUUUGUGAUACUAAUGCGUGAGUGUUUCCGCCAAAACAAAAUGUAUAGUGAGUGUUAAUUGGAUUUGAAAGAAAACAAUGAAUGUAUCAUCCUUUCAUGUCACGACUCUAUGAUUCAAGUAAAGUGUGUACUACAAAUUGUA